AUGGCGGAAGAGCACAAGCACGAGGAGUCGAUCAUGGAGAAGAUAGCUGAGAAGAUCCGUGGCCACGAUGACUCUUCGUCGUCGUCGUCUUCUGAUUCAGAUGACGAGAAGAAAGCUGCGUCUGAUUUGUCUAUGAAGACGAAGAUUUACCGCCUCUUCGGAAGAGAAAAGCCUGUUCACAAGGUCUUCGGUGGCGGAAAACCUGCCGACAUUUUCCUGUGGAGGAACAAGAAGGUAUCAGGAGGAGUUCUUGGUGCUGCAACUGUUUCAUGGAUCUUAUUCGAGUACCUUGAAUACAACCUCCUCACUCUCUUCGGCCACAUUUCGAUUCUUGCUCUCGCGAUGUUGUUCUUGUGGUCUAGUGCUACUACCUUCAUUCACAAGACUCCUCCUCAUAUCCCUGAAGUCCACAUCCCUGAGGAAAUUGUUCUCCAGCUUGCUUCUGGACUAAGAAUUGAAAUCAACCGUGGUUUUACUACUCUUAGGAGCAUCGCAUUAGGAAGAGACCCCAAGAAGUUUCUAAUGGUGAUUGCUGGGCUGUGGGUUUUGUCGAAAGUUGGUGGCUCCUGCAACUUCUUGACCUUAGUCUAUAUUGCGACUGUACUUCUCUUCAGUGUUCCCGUGCUUUACGAGAAGUAUGAAGACAAAGUAGAUGACUUUGGUGAAAAGGCGAUGAAGGAGAUGAAGAAGCAGUACGCGGUGUUCGAUGAGAAGGUUUUGAGGCAGGUGAUGAGCAAAAUUCCCGUAGGAGCCUUCAACAAGAAGAAGGAUUAG